AUGUUUUGGACCGACCGGGAGCAUGGCUCAAUUAACAGGGCUAACAAGUUCAAUGGCAAGGAGCAAGUGGUUAUACAAGAAAACUUGAACGACCCCAGUGGCAUUCAUUUUUUUCACAAGCAGCGUCAACCUAGAGGUCAGUUCAUAACAAUUGCCAUUUUUUCACCAAAACUUGUUUAAAAAUUCAAGUUACAUAUUAUAACCUACUUUUUGUGACACUAACGUUAGCAUCAAAGCAUUAUCUGUGGUACUAUUAAAUUGCAGUUAACAGCUGUAUUUGUUUCUCACCAUUUACCAGGUCAAAUUUCAGUUUCUUCUGAAAUUUUGAUUUUUUUCUUGGGAUUGAAAGGCUUUACAGCAUGAUCUAAAGUUGUCUGGGACAGUACUGCUUAAUACUGAACCUGAUUAACUCUUUUUGUUUUGAAUAACAGGAACAAGUCCAUGCCGUGAGGCAGAGCAUUAUGGAGGUUGCAGUCACAUCUGUCUCUUGGCACCAAAACGUCUUUACCCAGAUCAGUUUUCUUGUCAUUGCCCUCCAGGCAUCAAGCUCCUUUAUGAUUCCAAGACCUGCAACACA